UUUUUUUUUUUUUUUUUGCUUUUGCUUUUUUUUUUUGUGGGCACAUCAAAACCAAAGCAGAACCAAAAAAAGUUAUGUUCUUGCGCUUAUUCAGUUUUUUUUUUGUUCAUCCUCUAAGCUAAGCUGCCAUGGCCGUGAUGUUGAAGAUGACAAUGAAUCCUUUUUACCUCUUCUUCCUCCCCUUUUUCUUACUCUGUCUCGCCACUUGUUCUCUGUCUUACGAGCCCAGGAACCAUGAAGUGGAGGCGCUGAUAAAUAUAAAGAACGCUUUGCACGAUCCUCAUGGGGCUUUGAGCAACUGGGAUGAGUUUUCUGUCGAUCCUUGCAGCUGGGCGAUGAUCACUUGUUCUUCCGACAACCUCGUCGUCGGCCUAGGAGCUCCGAGCCAGUCUCUUUCGGGAACUUUAUCUGGGUCUAUCGGAAAUCUCACUAAUCUCCGACAAGUGUUAUUGCAAAACAAUAACAUCUCCGGUAAAAUCCCACCGGAGCUUGGGUUUCUGCCCAAAUUACAGACAUUGGAUCUCUCCAAUAACCGGUUCUCCGGCGAAAUUCCCGGUUCAGCUGGUCAGCUAAGUAGUCUUCAGUAUCUGAGACUGAACAACAACUCAUUGUCUGGGCCCUUCCCUGCUUCUCUGUCUCAAAUUCCUCACCUUUCAUUCCUGGACUUAUCCUAUAACAACCUCACUGGCCCUGUCCCGAAAUUCCCUGCCAGGACAUUCAAUGUUGCAGGGAACUUGUUGAUAUGUAGAAGCAACCCACCUGAACUAUGCUCAGGAUCAGUGAACGCAAGUCCUCUCUUUGAUUCAUCAAGCUCAUCAUCUGGACGCCGGUCCAACAGAUUGGCAAUUGCCCUCGGUGUAAGCCUUGGUUUUGCUGUUCUAGCAAUCCUAGCUAUCGGGUUCCUUUGGUACCAAAAGAAACAGAGACGGCUACUGAUCCUUCGCAUAAGCGACAAACAAGAGGAAGGGCUGCUAAGCCUUGGAAAUCUCAGAGCCUUCACAUUCAGAGAACUCCAAAUAGCUACAGACGGUUUCAGCUCCAAGAAUAUCCUCGGUGCUGGAGGGUUCGGUGAUGUUUACAAGGGAAAGCUCGGAGAUGGAACUAUGGUGGCAGUGAAACGUUUAAAAGAUGUGAACGGAGCAUCUGGGGAUUCACAGUUUCGUACCGAGCUGGAGAUGAUCAGCUUGGCUGUUCAUAGGAAUUUGCUUCGGUUGAUUGGCUAUUGUGCUAUUUCUGGUGAAAGGCUUCUUGUCUAUCCUUACAUGCCCAAUGGCAGUGUCGCCUCUAGGCUUAAAGCUAAGCCGGCAUUGGACUGGAACACGAGGAAGAGGGUAGCGAUCGGUUCUGCAAGAGGAUUGCUGUAUCUGCACGAGCAAUGUGAUCCCAAGAUCAUCCAUAGAGACGUUAAGGCAGCGAAUAUUCUACUAGACGAGUAUUUCGAAGCUGUUGUCGGGGACUUUGGUCUGGCCAAGCUGCUGAACCAUGGGGAUUCCCAUGUCACAACUGCAGUUCGAGGAACCGUUGGCCACAUUGCACCCGAGUAUCUCUCUACUGGUCAGUCGUCUGAGAAAACCGACGUUUUUGGGUUUGGCAUACUCUUGAUCGAGCUCAUCACCGGAAUGAGAGCUCUCGAGUUUGGCAAGACUGUCAGCCAGAAAGGAGCCAUGCUUGAAUGGGUGAGGAAACUACACGAAGAAAUGAAAGCAGAGGAGCUGGUGGAUCGGGAACUCGGGACUAAUUACGACCAGAUAGAAGUCGGUGAGAUGCUGCAAGUGGCUCUUCUAUGCACGCAAUACCUCCCUUCACACCGUCCCAGAAUGUCUGAAGUGGUUCAGAUGCUCGAAGGCGAUGGCUUGGCCGAGAAAUGGGCAGCGUCUCAUAAUAACCAUUCCUCACAGUUGAACAACUCUUGGAAAACCUCUUCUAGUUCUGCAUCAGUCUCUAGAUCUGAUGGUAAUGGCAAUGAUCGCUCGUCGAAUCAUCUGUUUGGUUUGGCAUUCGAAGACGACGAUGAUGAUGAUCGGACUCUGGAUUCAUUCGCCAUGGAACUGUCAGGUCCGAGAUAACAGAAAAGCCUCAAGCUUUCACUCCCUUACUCUACACAUUCACAUAUAUAUAUAUAUAUAUAUAUAGAUAUGUAUAUGUUGAAGAACUUCUGUCCUAAAUCUGAGAUUCUGGGUCUGUAAUGGAUUGGUGUAUAUACUAUAAGUUUUGCUCAUUCUUUCUUCUUC